UAAUGCAAUGUCUGUGCAAUCACUCGGUGCAGGAGUUACUGGUGCCUCUUCUCUUCUGCCCUUCUAGGCAGUGUGAUGUGAACUUCCUGAUUCCCAAAGCAGCACUGAUGUGUCUUGUUCUCCUCUUUUCUUCUCUUUGCCUUUCCCAUGCAGUCCAAGUAUCAGCAGUAGAGGUCCACACCCCGGAGGAGAUGUUUGUGGAGAACGGGACGGACGCGAAGCUGCCGUGCACGUUCACGUCCGUAGAAGUGAUCAGCAGUGCAGCAUCUGUCUCCUGGAGCUUUCAACCAGAGGGAGCAGCCACUCGUAUCUCAUUUUUCUAUUACUCUAAUGGGAAGUCAUACCCUGGAAAGGACAUACCAUUUAAAGACAGGAUCACUUGGGCUGGAGAUCUUAACAAGAAAGAUGCUUCUAUCACUAUAUCAAACAUGCAGUUCCGGGACAACGGCACGUACAUUUGUGAUGUCAAGAACCCACCUGACAUUGUUGUCAAACCAGGAGAAAUCCGAGUUAGAGUUGUGGAGAAAGACAGCCUGCCCGCGUUCCCCAUUGCCACCGUGGCAGGGAUAGCCAUCGGUACGGUUACAGGUCUCUCAUCGCUCAUCUCUAUUGUCGUGUGUCUUGUCAUCAGAAAGAACAACUCUAAAAAACGAUACUCUGGCUGCAGUACCUCUGAGAGCUUGAUGUCUCCGGUAAAGCAGGCUCCGCAGAAGGCGCCCUCCGACACAGAGGGGCUGGUAAACAGCGUGCCCGCCAGAUCACACCAGGGCCCAGUCAUUUACGCGCAGUUAGAUCACUCCGGGGGACAGCACAGCGACAAGAUCAACAAGUCAGAGUCUGUGGUCUACGCCGACAUCCGGAAGAACUGAGAUCCUCAGCCUUCCAAAGGACAACACACAUUCAGACUGGAAUUGCUUGAGCAAGAUUUGACCCAGAGAACUCACAUGUGGCCUUUGAUGCCUAGGCUAGGACCAAUGCAUGUGCAUACAGAGGGAGAGAUAUAUAUGUAUUGUGUGUAAAUAGUCUAUUUAAUCGUACAGAAGUGAGACCAAUGUUGCAUGUUGAAAUGCGGUAAGAAUUUUGCUUAUAAAUUGCCAAUAUUCUUUUUUUUUUUUUUUUUGUAUCUUGUGUGACGAGAGAGAAAGUGAAAACUCGCAUCACAAUUUUAAAAUAUUUUUAUCUUGAUUAUUAAUGGAGAAACUGGAAGAUGCCUGAAGAUUCUAGGUUGACCUGGAGAUUCUUUUUUCUUUGCUUAUAGGGCCUAAUUUCUUUUGUUGAGGUGACUAUAAAGAAGACAUCUUCUUUAUAUUCAGAGUUCUUUAUGUAUACAGGGUAUUUAUCUUUCCUUGGUCAGAUUCUCAGUACAGGUUGCCUUCUCCUGUAAACUAGACCCUCUCACUUGGCCUUGUAAGCCAAAUUGUGACUCCUAGCUAUCAGAAAUGUAUGUCUUAGCAGUGUGAGUGAAGGAAAUCUUUAGGCCUACCUGACCUGUGUAACAUGGGUCACAAAACUGUUUACUUCUCAAUGAGCCCAGCUUUUUAAGCUUAGCCCUUUAAGGUGCAGGGAUAGUGUUGAUCUAAUGGAUUUUGUGAAAUGAUAGUUUACCUGUGAAAACAAAGGAGAUAAUGAUUUAAAGGCAUAGGAAGCUGUAGCUGUAGGUGGUUGCCUCAAACUCUGUUGAAUCUUUCAGUGAAAUACUUCUUCCUCAAAGCUCUGUCAUUUCAUCUGUUUGUCUUGAUUUGAAAGACAGAUGUCUGCUAAGGAAGGCAGGAGCCUCUCUUGAAAUGGAAAUUGUAAACUCCCUCCCU